CGGCACGAGGUAUUUCCAUAGCUUCACUGUCCGCCACCUUCGCCACAGUCCCGGGAGCUCCGUCACCGGGCAACUCCCCGGCCGGAGGUACCGGUUUAAGCGAGCGAUUGUCUUCGAUGACUCCUCGAGCUUAUGUCCGAAUGGCUCGGUCCGUUUACACAAUUCGUGUAAAUAAUGAAUCGUGGCCUGUUUCGGACGGCUGCUUUGAAAUGCCGCACCAUCACCACCCAGGAGGCUACCAUCGCCACCAGUUCCGAGCUCGCUAUGGCAGCGAUAAUGACAGAAGAACACGCCAAACGGUUGGUUAGUUGCUUAACUUCGGCAAUGGCUCCCAGACCAGGCGGUCGGAUCACGAAAUUCAAGACCGGUAAGAAACGGACGGAUACGGCAAAAUGGGCCUCAUGCACGAUAAUUCUCGGUCUAAGGUCCAACAGACUGUCGCCGACGUUCCUUGCUUCUCCGCGACCCCGCCAUGUCCCGAAGCUGAAGCGGAAAGCCAGACGGAGACUUCGAGGUCGUGUGGCUUAUAUCUGGGGUAAGAAGUCGUUCAUCCCUGUUGGGGUUCUGGCAAGAUGGAAGCCCCGAAAACGGGAGACAUAUACGGAUACAGCAGAGGGGCUUUUUCGCUUUUGUCGUCCGAUCCGACAACCCGGUAACCAGCCCGCCCAAAGUCUGCCCGUCACGCCACCCGUCCGAUAUCAGUCAUUCGAACCAAAUACGGGCUUUGCGGCACGUGUUUGGCGGGCAUGCCGAGCGGUCUGUUGGAGACAUCGGCCCACGGCCCGUCUCGAGGUUCGUGAUGUUUGGUGAUUUAAAGCACAGUACACUUUUAUGCUCGCCAAGCCUCGCUGAUUGAUCCACCGCGAUUACCCCUCCAUGGGAUGUUCACUGAGCUCUGAAGCUACCCAUGCAUCUGUUGAUGAAUGUGCCGGGUUUCAGUUCAGCUAUGCUUUGUCAUCUCAAUACAAUUCUGAUAUGCAUUGAUGAGUGGCUUAACUCAAACCCAUACCUUGGAAGCUUUUAUGCCCAGAUCAUGGUCGAGUGGCACGC